AUGGCCAAACAUGAAAAAGCCUUAGCUUCCAGAAUUACUUACCUUGACCAUGCCGGUUCAGCACUUUUCCCAGAGAGUCUACUUAAAGCUUUUACUGAUGACCUCAGAAACAACGUUUAUGGCAACCCUCAUAGUCAGAAUAUCAGCAGCAAGCUGACAUAUGACACAAUCGAGCAUGUCCGAUACAGAAUAUUGCAACACUUUCACACUACUGCUGAAGAUUACACCAUCAUUUUCACAUCUGGAUGCACAGCUGCACUUAAACUGGUAGCAGAAGCAUUCCCUUGGAUACCUGAAGGCACAGAGCAAACCAGCAGUCGAUUUUGUUACCUAACUGACAGCCACACGUCUGUGGUGGGUAUGAGGGGGAUAACUGCCUCAAUGAAUGUCUCGUCUGUUCCAAUAAAACCAAAGGAAAUCUUGUUAUCAGAAAAAAACAGGUUACCAGCUGAAGAACAUAACUGCACGACACCUCAUCUUUUCUCUUAUCCAGCUCAGAGCAAUUUUUCUGGUACCAAAUAUCCCCUUUCGUGGAUACAGGACAUAAAAUGUGGAAAACUCUGCCCCAUGAAAAUACCAGGGAAGUGGUUUGUUCUAUUAGAUGCAGCUUCAUACGUGAGCAGUUCUCCAUUAGACUUGGGAGUUCACCAAGCUGACUUUAUCCCCAUCUCAUUCUACAAAAUCUUUGGAUUCCCAACUGGUUUAGGAGCAUUAUUGGUAAACAACCGGAUUGCCCCCCUCUUGAGAAAAACCUAUUUUGGAGGUGGAACUGCAGCUGCCUACCUUGCAGGAGAGGAUUUUUAUUUCCCAAAGAAAUCUAUAGCCGAAAGGUUUGAAGACGGCACAGUCUCUUUUCUUGAUAUCAUUGCUCUGAAACAUGGAUUUGAUGUUCUGGAAAAACUCACAGGUGGAAUGGAGAAAAUAAAAGAGCAUACCUUUGCAUUAGCUCACUACACAUAUACUGUGCUGUCUACCUUAAAAUAUGCCAAUGGGGCUCCUGUAGUACGUAUUUACAGCGAUACAGAUUUCAGCAAUCCUGAUGUCCAGGGCCCAAUCAUUAAUUUUAAUGUGCUCGAUGAAAAUGGAGAAGUGAUUGGCUUUUCACAGGUGGACAAGAUGGCCAGCCUUUACAACAUACAUGUCCGCACAGGUUGCUUCUGUAAUACAGGAGCCUGCCAGUUGCAUUUGGGUAUAAGCAAUGAGGACAUCCAAAGGAACCUUCAGGCUGGCCAUGUCUGUGGAGAUGAUGUAGACCUAGUUGAUGGACGUCCCACUGGUUCUGUGAGAAUAUCCUUUGGCUACAUGUCUUCUUUUGAAGAUGCACAGACUUUUUUGAAAUUCAUCAUAGCCACCAGGCUCUCCAUGUCAGACACCGAGAUUCCCUUCCAGUCCUCUGUUACAAAGCUGACAACAGAGUCUGUCCCAGAUGACCACCCUUCCUUUAACAAUGCAGAUAAAUUGUCUCCAAUACCACACAUCUCAGACAGGGAACUCAGGAAUAAUUCGUCUGUGACAAAGAUGACUGUCAACUGGCAGCCACCAGAGGCUGAGGCGGAAAGCAUAAGGGCAGCUGUUUCUGAGACUGCAGUACCAACAUGUAGAAGAGGUGGCAAGCCCAUCACUGUCACCAACAUUUACGUCUACCCAAUCAAAUCCUGCUCUGCAUUUGAGGUUUCAGAAUGGCCAGUGGGAAACCAGGGUUUACUGUAUGACCGUAACUGGAUGGUUGUAAACCAGAACGGAGUCUGCAUAACUCAGAAGCAAGAACCAAGGUUGUGUCUUGUAAAUCCCUUGAUUGAUCUGAAGAAAAACAUUAUGGUCAUCCAGGCAGAAGGCAUGGACCCAAUAUCUGUAUCACUAGAAGAAAAUACAGGAAAAGAGGCUGUUACCUGUGAGAGUAAAGUCUGUUCACACAGGGUAAAAACACAUGAUUGUGGAGAUGGAAUUGCUGACUGGUUCUCUUUGUUUCUUGGUCAUCCAUGUCGCUUGAUAAGACAAAGUUCAGACAUGAAAAACAGGUCUCAUCGGAAAACUACAAAAGGUUUGUCAUCUGCUACAAACAUCUCACUCUCUCUUGUGAAUGAAGCACAAUACCUCCUGAUAAAUGUAGCAAGCAUUCUGCAGCUGAAAGAACAUGUUUCUGCAAGAUUGGAAGAGCCAUUGGAAAUAGAGGAAUUAAUCCGACGUUUCCGUGCCAACAUUGUCAUCAGUGCACCAGAGUCCUUUGAAGAAGAAGAGUGGGCUGAGAUUUCAAUAGGUGCUCUGCGAUUCCAGGUUAUGGGUCCGUGUAGCAGAUGUCAAAUAAUCUGCAUUGAUCAACAGUCUGGGGAACGAAACAAAGAAUUUCUGCAGUCUCUGUCUGCUGCCAGGGGUAGAAAGACAAACUUUGGCAUAUACCUGAUGAACCAGCCCUUGCACUCAUCCUUUCCAGAUAUUUUAUCAGUUGGGUGUCAAGUACUUCCAGUGCUGAAGGAGAAUACAGAAAUUCAGCCGCCCCCGACAUCCAGUGAAGAAAAAUGUUCAGGAUAGAUUCUCUGCUGGAGAUGAAAUUUAUAUGCAACUCCAGGGAAAAGUCAGUAGUCAGUUACUCAGAAAGAAAGAAAACGCUUCCACUCAUUUGCUUCUGGUUUAAGUCUUUUAAUUUUCUGUUUGCUGUAAAUGUUAUCAGAUGGCAGAACCCUUGAUAAUUACAGCUCACCUACAUGUUUUUGCUUGUGAUUAGGUUACAGCAGCCAUAACUCUAUUUUGCUCAGUUGCAUCAGGAUGCAACAAGUUUGAUCAAGUUUUACUGGUGGAUGACUCCCCAAACAAGCCCAACAUUGCUGUCAGAAACCCACAUCUCAAUGAAGGAAAGUAAGCACAACAAUACACUACUUCCUUAUGUUGCCUUGUUAAAACCGCAAUUUGGAGAGAGGAUGCAGGACAUAUUUUAGAAACAAUGUGGGUGGGAAGGGAACAAUGGGAGAGUGGCAUGAGAGUAGCAAUGCAUUCAGCUUUUCAAAAAUGAAACUGAGGGUGAUGUGUAGACAGUUGGAAAGCACUGGAGAGGGAACUGUUAUUGGGAAAUGUGUGUCUCCCUCUUCAGAAGUGGUGCGUAAGGAUGACAAAAAGGUGCAAAGAUCAAUGAAGAUUCAUUAUGCUGUUGGCAAAACACAUUCCCUGUAAAGCAAUUUCAUCCAUUUGUUCUUGACUUGUUUCUCUCAUUCCCAUUUGCUACUUUUCCAUUUGAUUUAUUUUAUGUGAUGUCUUCCCACACAGUUGUUUCCUUAUGUGUUUGUGAUGUUGCCACAUUUUUCCUAAUGAGAGUUUUUGCAACUAAUACAAUCAUGUUUUCUAUACAAACUUUGUAUCCUCAGAGGUCUCUAAUGGCCGCUUAAAGGAACUCUUGCAAGUUUGGAUGUCUCUCCAUCCCAAACAGGUCAAAGUAUUCUUUUUUCUUAGUCUUUGUGCAUUUGAUAAUGGCCUUCUUAGAAGGCUUUUGAGUUCUUUGCUCUCCUAAAUAUGACUUCUGUUUUCUGAUUUCUGAGAGAAAAUAUGUAAAAUUUAGGAAUUAGUCUAAAAUAUUAAC